UCUGGGGCAAAGCAACGGGGGGAAAAAAGACCGUCCGGAAGUCGCCAGUCGCCUGGCCGGCAGUGGCGGGCUCGGGGGGCGCUGCGCUGGAAGCGCAAGGCGGAGGCGCCCCUCAAACGGGAGCAGAAGGGAAGGCUGACCCCCCCCCCCAAAAAAAAACCAAAGAAAAGGCCAAACCUCCGGCCGGCCUUUCGGAACGGGAGGAUUGGAUCGCCUGAGAAGCCGAAGGAGCCGGGGAGGAGCAGAGCCCCGGGACCUUCUCCGCCUUGGGCUGCCUGCGUCCGGGCAUGGCUCGUGCAGCGCAGAGACCUCUGCCCCGGGGCUUGCGGUGGCUCUUCCUGGCCGCCCUGAUGGUCCCCUGCGACGGGCGAGGGGGGCAGCGAGAGGAGGGGGGCGCCGCCUGCUACGGGGGCUUCGACCUCUACUUCAUCUUGGACAAAUCAGGAAGUGUCCUACACCACUGGAGUGAAAUCUAUUAUUUUGUGGAACAUCUGGCUCACAAAUUUAUAAGCCCCCAGUUGAGAAUGUCCUUUAUUGUCUUCUCCACUCAAGGUUCAACCCUGAUGGACCUGACAGAAGACAGAGAAAAAAUCCGUCGAGGUUUGGAGGAUCUUCAGAAGGUCUUGCCUGGAGGAGACACCUACAUGCACGAAGGAUUUAAAAGGGCCAGUGAGCAAAUUUAUCAUGAAAAUGAUCAAGGUUACAGGACCGCCAGUGUCAUUAUUGCCUUGACGGAUGGAGAACUUCACGAGGACCUUUUCUUCUAUUCUGAACAAGAGGCCAACCGGUCCCGUGAGCUGGGAGCCACAGUGUACUGUGUUGGUGUAAAGGACUUCAAUGAAACUCAGUUGGCCCGCAUUGCUGACAGCAAGGAUCACGUUUUCCCUGUGAAUGAUGGCUUUGAAGCUCUCCAGGGCAUUAUAGACUCUAUUCUGAAGAAAUCUUGCAUUGAAAUCCUUGCUGCAAAGCCUUCCAGUAUUUGUGCAGGCGAGUCCUUCCAAGUUGUGGUGACAGGAAAUGGCUUCCGACACGCCCGUAAUGUGGAUCGAGUCCUCUGCAGCUUCAGAAUCAAUGAGACGGUCACACUCAAUGAGAAACCCUUUGUAGUGGAGGACACCUACUUACUCUGCCCGGCACCUGUCUUACAAGAAGCUGGCAUGGAAGCUGCUCUUCAAGUGAGCAUGAACGACGGCCUCAGUUUCAUCUCCAGCUCCGUCAUCAUCUCCAGCACGCACUGUUCUGAUGGGACCAUUCUGGCAAUUAUCUUGCUGAUCCUCUUCAUUCUGUUGGCUCUGGCGCUUCUCUGGUGGUUCUGGCCACUUUGCUGCACUGUGAUUAUUAAAGAGCCCCCACCACCUCCGAUGGAAGACAGCGAGGAGGAAGAUGAUGAUGGACUUCCCAAGAAGAAGUGGCCAACGGUGGAUGCUUCCUAUUAUGGUGGGCGUGGAGUUGGAGGCAUUAAGCGGAUGGAGGUUCGUUGGGGAGAAAAGGGAUCAACCGAAGAAGGGGCGAAGCUGGAGAAGGCCAAGAAUGCACGAGUCAAGAUGCCAGAACAAGAGUAUGAGUUCCCAGAACCAAGGAAUCUUGGAAGCAGCAUACGCAGGUCCUCCUCACCACACAAGUGGUAUUCUCCUAUCAAGGGAAAGCUGGAUGCCCUCUGGGUUCUUCUGAGGAAAGGUUACGACCGAGUGUCCGUCAUGCGACCACAGCCAGGAGACAAGGGACGCUGCAUUACCUUCACCCGAGUGAAGACCUUCCAGGCACCACCCAAGUACCCGCUCAACAACACCUACCUCCCCUCUCCCCCUCCCCCUGCCCCUGCUUACAACCCUCCCUCCCUUGCCCCCAUCUACACCCCACCAGCCCCCAGCUCACCCACGCCCCCCACCCCUUCCCCACCCUCCACGCUGCUUCCGCCCCCUCCUCAUGCUCCUCCCCCCAGCCGGGCUCCGCCUCCUUCCCGUCCCCCUCCCCGCCCUUCCAUCUAAGGUCCAAGCCGCUCUCCCAGAAGCAUUUCUCCAGCCAUCCUCAACUGUACUGUUGCAACUCCACUCACAGACGUGGCCUUUGCGUUCUGGGCAAUGAAAAGAAGAAACUGCUUUUAUUGUUACUUUUUUUUAAGAAAGGGAAAAAACCCUGAUGCCUCAACUUUACUGGAAAUCUCAAAUCACCUGUUUUCAGUUCCAAAAGAAUCUUUGCAAUUUGAAGGAAAGGAAAGGAAAGGAAAGGAAAGGAAAGGAAAGGAAAGGAAGGAAGGAAGGAAGGAAGGAAGGAAGGAAGGAAGGAAGGAAGGAAGGAAGGAAGGAAGGAAGGAAGGAAGGAAGGAAGACUGUGGGAUAAAGAUGGGAGACAAUGGCAUCAUUGGGCAAAGCCAGUAGUCCCUGGAAAAUGGCUUUCCCCGUGAAUUAGUGGUGGGAAUAUCUGGAGAAGAGCCUGUCUGUGAUCACAGAAUCCACUGCAGUCCAACACAAUGCCCUUCCUAUCAACUGGGCUGAUGCUGCUGGAAUUUUCUGCCAGAGGGAUGAUCAUUUUUCAUGGGUCUGGACUGGGUGUGUUUUUGCAAGAAUGAGAGCUGUUACAGUGAAAUACAGGUUACAGUAAUGGAUGGAGAGCAGAAAGACUCCAGGGGCCUUCCACUUUGCAAAACAAAAAUGAAACCACAUAGCUUUUCAGCUAACGACAGGCAGUCGAGGAAGCUGGAGAGCCAGACUAGGGUGGGAAGAGUUCCACCAUCCUCUGAGGAUACAUUGGCAGACAUCCUGUGCAAUGUCUAAAUACCUGAAAGCGUCAAGAAGCAGUUGAUUUUAUAGGAGGACACAAAACAGCUGGAAAUAGCCAAACAUGCUCUCCUCCUCAGAUUCUUCUUAACAUAGGUGACCAAAUGGGUCAAAUUCUGGCCAGCUUAGAAAAAUAACCAGCCCAAAUUGACAGCAGGACACCAGAGUCAACCAGAGUGAGAUACAGACAGAACUGGAUUAACAGUACAAUUAUAUACGCUGAGUGUUUUUUUUUCUUUUUUCUGAAUAACUAUGGUUAGACGCCGAUUGUCAGAGACUUCCAGGUACAAUUUAUAUUAUGCAAUUGCUCUGCUCUAAAACAGAUUCCUAUGCAGGGGGGUGGGGGGUAGGAGGGGAUAAGACAGCUCUAUUUCCAUUUCUACAUUGACCAGAUUUUUUCCAUUUUUUGUUCGCUUGUUUUCUGUUGCCGUAAAAAUAGCAAUCCAGAAGGGAAAAUGAAAGAAUGCAGAGAGUUGAUAGUGCUGGAAACAAUUGCCUUUUUGGAGGUGUUAACAAAGACUUUUUUUCCCCCAGCGGGUUCAUAUACUAGUAUGUUGACAUGGUUUUGUGGAUUGUGUAAUGGAUGUCUAGAAUGAGAGCUGGGGCAGAGAGAACUUUUCUAGAGGUGUUUAGAUCUCAGUCUGAGUUAUAUUUUCUCAGAAAUAGAAGGAUCCCAGAAAAUAGAAAGAGGCCAGCAGAAGCUGGGGAUGGUCUGAUGAUGUUGCCCUGGCUGGGUUCACUCAUCAGAUUAGCCCAGGUUCAACUGGGAUGGAAUGGGGCUGUUUUCAUGGCCCUUCUGCAUUUUGCCAAGGGAGGCAAACUAUCCAGGUGCUCCAAGAUGCCCUGAUCGCAUUUUGUCCUUCUUUGUGCGUUAUAAAUUGGGGCAGGGGGUGAACCAGUUUAAGGCCACUGGUCCUGCUCAACAUCACCGGCAGGAAAGCACCCAAGACCCUCCCUUGGGAGCCGAGGAUGUAAUAAGGAGCAGCAACUUUCCGAGUUCAUGCACACCAAAUGUUUGAAUUUUUAUGCCACUUUAACUUAGUGGAUGCUUUCCGGAAGGACAACUUAAGUAAACAUCUUCCUCUGCGCUUAUCAGAUUACUUCCAAAAGCGAAAGUUAAGCAUUUUGCACUUUUAUGGCUUCAGUGGUGCAGCUUUUCAUCCCUUGGCUUAAGCAUCCUUCAUUUAAGUAUAACUCAAUGCUACCUGACAGUAUUUUACUUUGGUUGGCUUGAGCUCCUGAAUUGCCAUCAUAUUAGAUUGCUCUUCAGGCAUAGCAAUGUGGGUGUUGCAGAUGGGGUCAAAAAAAACCCAAAGAUGAUGGCUAGAAUUACAGGAUUAAAGCACCACUUCUCUGUCUGAUGCGUCUCGCAUCCAUGUGCUUAAAUAAGGGAUGGGCUUUACUUGUGCAGUCAUGGCUGCCAUCUUGACUUUUCUGACUCUUCUUGCAAGGGGUCUGCAGAGCUAUUAAUAGGAACCUGCAUGGACCAUGUAUCUCCCCAUCAUAUUUGUGUGGGCUCUACAGCUAGAAGAUUUUUCUUGGAAAGCCUGGUUGUUAGGUGACACGUGUGCUUAAUGUCAGCAGUAAGCCCAAAAAGAAGAGAACAUCAAUUUGUACCUUUGCCAGGGCACAGUUUUGCUCAAAGGGAUAACAUGCCCAACUGCCCUGUAAUGAAAUGCAGAAGGUUCUGUUGUGUGCAAAGCACACACCCAUCUCUGCAAAGUGACAUGUGAAAGUCAGUUUUUUUUUAAAAAAAGAAUGGACCACUCAUGGAGUCUUUUUGGGAGUUCCUACCUGGCUUUUGACUGCACAUUACAAUGAUUAAACUCAAUAGGACCUUUUCUAAGGCUGAAGCUGAAGCUUUCUACCCGACCUAUUUUCAUGCCAGCAGAGACAGAGAGAUUUUUUUCAGUGAUCUACUAACAACAAACUGUAAAACUAUAAAACAAGCGAUGGUCUCUGUUUAUUCCCUCCUCAAAGAACAAAACACAAAAGGACAUGGUGGACAUUAAGCAUAAAAAAAAAUGUCCUGGGGGGAAAAGUUCUCCUUUUGGGGGGCCACCUACCCAGAGCUGCUUCUUCAGCCCUACAGAAAGAUUCAAUUGCCUUUUUCCAUAGAUCUUUCUUCCAGAACAGAUAACUGCUGUGUCUGCAGGCAGAACAGUGAAGAUUUCCCUCAACACACAAGCAUACACAUGCAUCCCUUUGGCUUCUGCCAUGUGAGAUCCCUCUUGAGAAAUAACCUUUCAUUGGAUUGCAGCUUGUGAUCAAUUUGAUCACUGGGGUUUACCUCUUAGGGAAGCCGUAACACCCGGAUUGGCCUGUUAGCAAUGGUUGGGAACAAUCCACUUGAGUAGCUCCUUAAGUUUCUUCCAGAUGGAGCUUGCUGGGUAUCCAGCAGAGAUGGAUGGGAACUCCAGAAAAGUAGUUCCGUGGUUUUGUUGUGAUUUGUCAGGAAGACGACUCAACAGCAGAGCGAUAUACCCAGCGGAGGUAAAAUAAAGUCAAGUUGGUGGUCACAAACUCUGUGAUCAAAGCUUUACCUUUUUAGGUGUUAUAAAAAGGUUGGGUCUUCCAUUGCAUGGCCUUUAUCUUGACUUUGCCCCCUCCCCAUGGAUAUCCUCUCUUCAGACUGUGCUCAGAAAUAUUGCUGUAGUCAUGCCAUAUAAAAGUAGGUUUUACUCAUUAUAAUUAACAGUGCCUCAAAAUGUGCCAAAAUGCUUUGAAAAACAAACCCAGCAUUUUUUAUUGCUAAUUGCAUGGGGACAACUUGAGAGGGAGUUCAAUUUUAAAUAGCAUCUGGUUUUAUUAAAAGCUUUUGUCUUCUCAAUUCUAGACUUAAAAGAAUAUAAAUUCCCAGGGUAACAGGGAAAGGAUACGAAAUAAUUAAAAAAAUGUAAAUCCAGACAAAGAUACACAAAUACAAAUAUGCAAAAGUUCUGUGCACAAGUGAAAAGCAAAAUUCCAAAUCUGUGGUGUAUAUAUUAUUAUUGUGUGCUUGCCAUAUUUUAAAUGGAAGCAUUUCCUAUUCUGUAUGGAUAAAAGGUCUUGUUUUUUUUUCACAUUGUAGUAAAUUAUUAUAAAGCCAAUGAUAUUUCAUGGCAUAUUAUUAUAUCAAGCUGUGCUUGUUUAUUUUUUUCUCUUUAUGGUUGUAUUGCUUUUAUUAAUGUAUAAAUAUUGUCUCUAAAUGACAAGCACCUCCUUUACAAAGCAUUAAUGGUGAUCACCGGCCGUCUUCCACUCAACCAGCAAGAAAGCUGCUGGACAGCAAUUGGGGGCUUCUGUGGGGAACCUGCCCAUUCCUUGCCCUGAACUCCCAUUGAUUUGGUUGAAGUCACAUUGCAGGAGAAACACCCACCCUCCAUUUCCCACCCCCACCCCCACAUUAGGAGAGACUGACCCAUGGCAGCACAAGCCAGAACUGGAAAAAGCCAUAGGGCUUCGCAUGCUGGGAAGGGCGUCUGGUGCACCUCCACCCCUUGGCGAUGGCUUUGCACAGGACAUCCUGCAGAAGCGAUUCAAAUGUCCUCAUUCCCCAUCUCAGGGACCCCCCAAAAUUCAGGCAGCUGCUGUUACAGAUUGUGCCCAACACUUCUACAAGGUGCUAUGGAUCUGAGCAGAAUGAGCUGUUUGCAAGGCCUGAAUCCAAGCAAGGCUUGAGUAGGAGGAACCUUCUAAGUCUAAAUGGAGGCUUCCUAGAUGUCACCAUGUCAAUAGAGCAACGGGCGUGUUGGGCCAGCGCUGCCGAGAACGCUCUUUCCCAGGGCUCAGGAUACGCAGGCCCACAAUUGCUAAGACGGCUUCUCUUUCCCUUUCUUGAUGUUCCCGGGUGACAUAAGAGCCAACGGGAUCGGCUCAAAACAUUCCAGCACCUGGAACUGAGAAGCCAAGACUGGAAGGGCUCAACUUGGGACGGUGACACUUAAUGUUACGUGACGGUGAGGUUGAACUGGGGUUUGUACUAUGUAUGGACAUACAGUACUAUGUAGGCAUUUUCUCUCACUAGGAAGCCCUUGGGCCUCAUUAUGUUAAAUAAUGCAAAAUUAACCAUUCUAAAGAAUUCCUUGCAGAAUGGAGGAGGAUUGGAUUCAAUUGAAUAGUACUGCAUGUUUUUUUUUUCUCAUAAAAGUUUUGGACAUACUGUAUUCUUUGAAAAGUUUUACAGAUCAGCAGAUGACAACCGAUCAGUCUUGGUGAACUAAUAUGUCAUCCAUGGGAUUAUGAAUUCAAGGAGUCAGAGUGGUCUAGGGACUCCUGCUUGAGCAGGAUGUUGGACUAGAAGACCUGGAAGGUCCCUCCCAACCCUGCUGUUCUGCACGCAGCUCAGUGGGCCAAACGCAGGAGACCAGGCAGGGCCACCAAUCUGGCCCUGUGGGAAGACCGGAUGGAAACCGCAAAUGGGGCAGCCGGUGCAGCGGAUGGAAAUCAGGCAAUUCACGAUUCUUCAGCCAGCAUAAACAAAUUAUUCUGGGCCUUUGGCUAGUUUGCAUGAGUCGUUUUUUUUAAUUAAAUGCAGUCAUUAUUCUGUCAGUUCUGAUGUUAUUAAAAAAAUAAUAAUCUU